UCCUCUCCUCUUCCUCCUCUUCACCUCUUCCUCCUCUUCACCUCUUCCUCCGCGCUGCUCGGUCAACUUUGGAAGUUUAUUUCCGUCCAGAACCGCGAUGGAGACGUGAAGUCGGGGUCGAGGACGAGUGAAAAAAAAAAAAACGCCGGACGAGCGGAAAAACGCAGCGAAGGAGAAAAGACGAGUUGCAGCAUGAAGAGAUCAGGAAGGUGAACGAGCGACGGCUGCACUCUUCCCUCAGGGAGUGGAUGGAACGAGGGAGAGGAGGGCAGAGAGAAGAGGAGAGCAAGGACGGAAGGAUGGAGAGAUUUGGGAGGAAGGUGUACAGCUCAAGCGACACUCUGAAGGCCUUUGAGAAUCAUCACGUGAUGGAAACGAACUCUGGAGAGAUGCUGAGCAAACACACAGCAGCUCAGUCGUUGUCGCUGCAUCAGUUGGGGAUUUGUGCUGCAGCUCCUCGCCACGGCCUGAGCUUUUGUGCCGAAACCGGCCUGGACCAUCGCAUCCAGAGUGCAGGGGGUGUCUCCUUUUCUCCGGACUGCACCAUCGGCUUGUGGGACAGGGGGAUUAACGUGCACGGACGUGACUCCCGAAUGUCCAGUCGUUCCAACUCGGCCCUGACGCUCACAGACACGGAGAACGACGGCAAACCGGAACACGAUGCUGACCUGCUGUCCAGCCAGCGAGCCCCGCCCCCUCCGGCUCCAAAUCAGCAUAAACAGCACCUGUCAAUCAACCGGCAGCUGACCAAUCAGAAGUUCCCGAGUGCAUCGGAGUGUGUGCAGCUGCAGGAGAACUGGGUUCUGGGCACAAGUGUGGGUCUGCAGAGCAGGCACUUCCUGUUAAAGACAGGUACUGGCUCCGCCUCUCUCUUUGCCACACCCACUCCAGGCUACACCAUGGCAACAGGGGCGGUUUACUGCCCACCAACACGCCCCUUUCUCCGAAACAAGUUACCAAGGGGCGCGUUUCAAUUCAACAAAUCACCAAAACACUGUUCCUGGAAGUGCACUGCUCUGAGUGCAGUUGGCGUGGCUACACUUCUGUCAAUCAUGCUCUGCUACUGCAUAGUGAUGCAUGUGUUUGGACUUAACUGGAAGCUGAAGGAUGUUCACACACACACAUUUGAGAAUGGUGGUGUUUCUUCAUUCAGCAGCGCAGCUCCCUCUCUCAGCACACACGGCAGAACUGACCCUGGGCAGGACACGGGGCAGGUGCAGGUGGGGCAGCAGGUGAGUUACUCUGUGAUCCCGGGGCUUUUCUGGAGAUUAAACAUCAUCCUGGAGCAACCAAAGCACCUCAAAUUCAACAUCUCCAUCCAGAAGAACGCUUUGAUAGGAGUAUAUGGGAGGAAGGGACUCGCACCCUCACACACACAGUAUGACUUUGUGGAGCUGCUCGAUGGCAGUCGUCUGGUUUCCCGGGAUGCAGAGGUUCCCAGGGACGGUGUGGAGAGCCCGGUCAACAUUCACUGUGCUGGAUUUAUUCAGUAUCUUCAUGAUGGAGUUUGGCAUCUCGGUUUUUAUAACGAUGGACUGAAUCAGGAACCAGUUUCAUUCAACACUACAGUUCUGGAUUCAGUAACUGAGUGUCCACACAACUGUUACGGAAAUGGAGAAUGUGUCUCUGCCUCCUGUCGCUGUUUCCCAGGAUUCCUCGGGCCGUACUGCUCUCAGGCUGCAUGCCCUGUACUGUGCAGUGGUAAUGGAGAUUACAGCAGGGGGCGCUGUCACUGUUACAGCGGCUGGAAGGGGACGGAGUGUGACGUCCCCGUGACUCAGUGUGUGGACUCUGAAUGUUCAGGACACGGCGUGUGUGUGUCUGGAGUGUGUGUGUGUAACCGCGGAUACAAAGGCGACAACUGUGACGUGGUGGACUGUUUGGAUCCGUCCUGUUCGGAUCACGGUUCUUGUUUUCACGGUCGGUGUCACUGUUUUGUGGAAUGGACCGGAUCCAGAUGUGAAUCUCAGGUGUCUGAUUGUUCCGAACACUGCUCAGGUCGAGGGAUUUCAGAGAUCAAGUCGUGCGAAUGCGAACCCAACUGGACCGGACCGAACUGCUCCAGCGAGGUGUGUGUUACAGACUGUGGGCCGCACGGUGUGUGUGUUGGUGGUGUGUGUCGCUGUACAGACGGCUGGUCAGGGGUUCGGUGUGAGGAGGAGGAGUGUGAACCACGCUGUGGGGAACAUGGUGUGUGUCGUGAAGGUCAGUGUGUGUGUCAUCAAGGCUGGACGGGAGAACACUGUAACAUCGCUCACUUCCUGGACGGUAAAAUCAAAGAAGACUGGAUAGGAUACAGAGACAGUUGUCCCGGUCUGUGUAAUGGUAAUGGUCGGUGUGUUCUGGAUCAGAACGGAUGGCACUGUCUCUGCCAGCCCGGGUGGAGGGGAACAGGAUGUGAUGUUGCCAUGGAAACUGUUUGCGCAGACGGAAAAGACAACGAAGGAGACGGUCUGACGGACUGCAUGGAUCCGGACUGCUGCGUUCACUUGUCCUGUCAGGAACAGAUUUACUGCCAUGGAUCACCCGACCCUAAAACCAUGUCCCCUCAGCGACCUUUAACCCCCACCAUGACCUUUUAUCAGAGAGUCAGCUUUCUGAUCGCAGCAGGAGGAACUCAGCGGCUUCCUGCAAAAAACCCGUUUAACAGCAGUCUGGUAUCUGUGGUUCGAGGUCAGGUGAUCACGGAGGAUGGGACGCCGCUGAUUGGAGCGAACGUUUCAUUGCUGCAUGACACUGAGCAUGGAUACACCAUCACACGGCAGGACGGCAUGUUUGAUUUGUUGGUAAACGGCGGCUCGUCUCUGACUCUGAGUUUCACUCGCCCGUUUCCCAUCAUGCACCACUCCGUGUGGUUGCCAUGGCGAGUAUUUCACGUGAUGAAUCGGUUGGUGAUGUGGCUGGAGGAAAAAGACACGCCCACGUGUAAACUCGGUGAUCUUGUAAGACCCUCCCCAAAAAUUGUGACCUCGCCUCUGUCGACCUUCUACAGCUCGAGCCCGGAGGCCACGCCCAUCAUACCUGAGACACAGGUUCUCCACGAGCAGACGUCGGUCCCUGGCAGCGAUCUGAACCUGGUGUAUCUGAGCUCUCGUGCGUUUGCGUAUAAACCGGUCCUGAGAGUCAUCAUGACCGAGUCCACCGUUCCCUCGGGUCUCGCUAAAGUGCACUUGAUGGUAGCUGUGGAGGGAAGAACGUUCCAGAAAGAGUUUCCAGCAUCUGCGAGACUUUCUUUUACCUUCAUUUGGGAUAAAAACGAUGCUUAUGGACAGAAAGUGUACGGCCUGGCUGAGGCUGUGGUGUCUGUGGGCUUUGAGUAUGAGUCGUGCCUCAGUGUGGUCCUCUGGGAGAGGAGAAGUUCCACACUGCAGGGGUUCGAGGUGGACGCCUCCAACAUGGGCGGCUGGUCCCUGGAUAAACACCACGUCCUGGAUCUACAGAGCGGGAUUCUGUAUAAAGGAAAUGGUGAGAACGUGUUCCUGUCCCAGCUGCCCCCAGUCAUCAGCACCAUCAUGGGAAAUGGACGGAGGAGAAGCAUUUCCUGCCCCAGCUGCAAUGCCCCGGCUGGAGGUAACAAGUUGCUCGCUCCUGUGGCACUGGCAUGGGGCAGAGAUGGAAGUCUGUAUGUGGGAGAUUUCAACUACAUCAGACGCAUUGAUCCUACAGGAAAUGUUACCAGCAUUAUGGAGCUCAGUAAUAACCCGGCUCAUCGCUACUACCUGAGCUCGGACCCGGUGACGGGGCGGCUGUAUGUCUCCGACACCAACUCACGGAGGAUUUACAGACCCCGCGUUCUCUCCGGCGAGGUGGAACCCCAGGCAAACGUCGAUGUCGUAGCAGGAACCGGAGAUCACUGUCUUCCUUUCGAUGAGAAUCAGUGUGGAGAUGGAGGACCAGCUUCUGAAGCCCUACUCACAGGACCUAAAGGACUCGCGGUGGAUAAAAACGGUCUGAUCUACUUCGUGGAUGGAACAGUGAUCCGGAGAGUGGACCGAAGCGGAAUCAUUACCACCAUCCUGGGGACUAACGACCUCGCUUCAGCUCAACCUCUCAACUGUGACUCUGCUACAGACCUCCAGCAGGUUUCGUUGGAGUGGCCGACAGAUCUGGCCGUCAGUCCGAUGGAUAAUUCCCUCUACGUGCUGGACAGCAGUGUGGUUCUGAGGAUUACGGAGGAAGGGCAGGUCCGUGUCGCAGCAGGACGUCCUCUUCACUGCCCGCUGGCCGUCUCUGAUUUUACAGUAAGCGAGCCUCAGCGUGCUACACGCGUUCAUCUGGAGUCUCCGAGCGCCAUCGCCGUGUCCUUCACCGGAACACUGCACAUCGCAGAGACGGACGAACGGAAAAUGAGUCGCAUCCGCAGCGUGGCACCGAACGGCGAGAUCACACGCCUCGCCGGGUCUCUGUCCGACUGCGACUGCAAAACCGAUGUUAACUGCGACUGCUACCUCACAGGUGACGGUUUCGCUAAAGACGCUCGUCUCAACGCACCUUCGUCUCUCGUCGCAGCUCCGGACGGAACGCUGUAUGUAGCCGAUCUCGGAAACAUCCGUAUCCGCGCGAUCGCGACUAACAAGCCGCAGCUGAAUGCACAAGGCCUGUAUGAAGUGGCUUCUGCUGCUGAACAGGAAGUGUACAUGUUUGACUCGAACGGAACGCACCAGCACACCGCUAACCUCAUAACCGGAGACUUUAAAUACAACUUCAGCUACAGCAACGACGGAGAUCUCACCUCCGUCACCGAUUGCCAUGGAAACACGCUACGCAUCCGGAGAGACGCUAACCGGCAGCCGGUGCGAAUCGUAGCUCCUGAUAACCAGGUGGUCUGGAUGAACGUCGGCUCCAACGGGGCUCUCAAAAGUCUGGGAACGCAGGGGCGGGAUCUCCUGAUGCUCACCUACCAUGGCAACAGUGGUCUCCUAGCAACCAAGAGCACCCCCAAUGGAUGGACCACUUUCUAUGAUUACGAUAGUGAAGGUAAACUGACGAACGUGACUUUUCCCAGUGGUGUGGUGAUCAGUCUGCUCGCUGACACUGGCGUCGUCUCCACCGUGGAAAUGGGAAACUCAGAGAGAGAAGAAGAAUCGUGGAUUACGGCAAACAGGACGGAGAUUCAGACGCUCGUCACGCUGCAGCAGGAUCAGUUGAAGACGAGUUACGUGGUGGGAUACGACGCUUCUCUGUGGGUUUCCUAUGCAAACGGACUGAACGCUCAUUUUCAAACCGAACCUCACAUCCUGUGUGGCGCGUCGUCUCCUACGGUGGCUCGGAGGAACGUCACGCUUCCAGACGACACGGGACAGAACCUGGUGGAGUGGCGUUUCAGAAAAGAACAGACUCGCGCUAAAGUCACGGUCUUCGGACGCAAACUAAGAGUGAACGGUCGGAACAUCCUGUCUGUGGAUUAUGACCGCACACUGAAAACCGAGCGGAUUUACGACGAUCACCGCAAAUUCCUGCUGAAAAUCAGUUACGAUGUAACAGGACUUCCUGCCGUGUGGACGCCAAGCAGCAAGUUACUGCCGGUGAACGUGAGCCGGAGGAGCAACGGGCAGCUGAGCGCCAUCCAGUGGGGAUCCGUGGUAAAGCGAUUCGAACACGACGAACAAGGACGCGUUCGCACUCAAGUGUUUCCUGACGGCAAGACAUGGAGCUACACGUACCUGGAGAAGUCCAUGGUGCUGAUCCUGGCCAGUCAGCGGCAGUUCACCUUCGAGUACGACUCCGACGGAGAGCUCUCUGCCGUUAUCCUGCCCAGCGUCGCACGCUACAUCAUGACAACGAUUCGCUCCGUGACCUAUUACCGGAAUCUUUAUCACCCUCCGGAAAGCAACGCGUCUGUAGCUGUGGACUACGGCGAAGACGGACGGCUUCUCCGAACGCUCCGGACAGGAAUGGGACGCAGAGUGAUUUAUCGAUAUCGAUGGAACAACAAACUAGCCGAAGUCGUGUACGAUAGCACACGUGUCAGUUUCACAUACGACGAAACGAUUGGCGUGUUAAAGACUGUGAACCUGCAAAGUGAAGGCUUCAUUUGCACCAUUAGAUACAGACAACUCGGCCCCCUAGUGGACAGACAGAUAUAUCGCUUCAGCGAAGAUGGGAUGGUGAGCGCAAGAUUUGAUUACGCGUACGACGGAAAUCUUCGCGUGAGCAGCGUUCAGGGAGUGAUCAACGAGACGCCACUGCCCAUCGACCUCUACCAGUACGACGAUAUUUCUGGGAAAGUGGAGCAGUUUGGGAAGUUCGGUGUGCUCUACUACGACAUCAAUCAGAUCAUUUCCACAUCCGUUAUGACGUACACUAAACAUUUCGAUGGCCACGGACGAAUCCGGGAGAUCCAGUACGAGCUUUUCCGGACACAGCUCUUCUGGAUCGCAAUUCAACACGAUGAUGGGCGAGUCGUAUCAAGAGAGAUGAAAAUCGGACUUGCAAAUGCUACAAAAUACAGCUAUGAGUACGGCGUGGAUGGCCAGCUGCAGACUGUCUACCUGAACAAGAAACCAACAUGGCGGUAUAGCUACGAUCUAAACGGGAACAUCCACCUGCUUAGCCCCGCAAUCGGCGUGCGGAUCCUCCCGCUACGCUACGAUCUCCGCGAUCGCAUCACUCGACACGGAGACCUUCAGUACGAGCUGGACGAGGACGGAUUUCUCCGUCAGAGAGGAGCAGAAGUCUACCAUUACAACUCGAACGGACGCCUGGAGCGCGUUUAUAGCAAAUCCGCUGGCUGGCACGUUCAGCAUCGCUACGACGGCUUGGGAAGGAGGAUUUCCACUAAGUCCAGUUUGGGGCAGUUCCUGCAGUUUUUCUAUGCGGACCUGAGCUUCCCGAGCCGCAUCACACACAUCUACAACCACUCCAGCACAGAGAUCACCUCACUGUACUACGACCUCCAGGGCCACGUGUUCGCCAUGGAGAUCAGUAGCGGAAAAGAGUUUUACAUUGCCUGUGACAACACCGGAACGCCGCUAGCGGUUUUUGGGAGCGACGGAGCUCUUUUGAAGCAGAUACACUACACAGCGUUCGGAGAAGUUUAUUCCGAUUCGAACCCUGAUCUCCAGAUCGUACUCGGGUUCCAUGGCGGUCUCUACGAACCUCUGACUAAGCUCGUUUAUUUUGGGGAAAGGGAUUACGACAUCAUCUCCGGCCGCUGGACCGCUCCGGAUAUCAGGUUAUGGGAAACGCUUGGGAAAAACCCAGCACCUUUUAACCUCUACACGUUCCGUAACAACGAUCCCAUCAGCAAGGUUCAGAAUGUGGAGGAGUUUCUUACAGAUGUGAACACCUGGCUGGUUAUUUUUGGGUUUCAUCUCCACAACAGCAUUCCGGGAUUUCCAGUUCCUAAAUCUGGAAUCACUCGAGUGUCAUAUGAACUGGAGGAGAGUGAAAUUUGGGACAAUCUUCCGGCUGUUGGAGUUCAGCAGCAGGUCCUGCGUCAGGCCAAAGCGUUCCUGGCAUUAGAUUGGAUGCCUCCAUCUCGCAGACUGCCCAGACCCUGACCCUGGCUCUGGUUCUCUCCGGGCGAGUCUCUGUUUGGGCGUGGCAUCAUGGUGGCGCUGUACAAAGGCAUGGUUAUUACCCACGCUCUCAGCAUCGCUAAUGAAGACAGCAUCAAAGUUGCUAAUAUCCUCAACGGAGCUCUGUACCUGAAAGAUCUUCAUUUCACACUGGACGGAUAUGACACGCAUUACUUUGUCAAAUCGGGAGCUCCGGAAAUGGACCUGGCUGCGCUCCGGCUGGUGACGGGACGUAAGCAGCUGGAGAACGGCGUGAACGUGAGCGUGUCCCAGUCCACGGCGGCGAUGGGCGGACGCACGCGGCGUUUCGCUGAUGUGGAGCUGCAGUGCGGCAUGCUAACCCUCCACGUGCGCUACGGAGCCUCUCUGGACGAAGAGCGGGCUCGAGUGCUGGAGUUAGCGAGACAGAGGGCGCUGGCGAGCGCAUGGGCCCGGGAGGCGCGCUGCAUACGGGACGGAGAGGCGGGGACUCGUCUGUGGACAGAGGCAGAGAAGAGGCAGUUACUUAAUGCGGGACGAGUGCAGGGAUACGACGGCUAUUACGUCCUCUCUGUGGAACAAUAUCCGGAAUUAUCCGAUAGCAGGAACAACAUCCAGUUCCUCAGACAAAAUGAGAUCGGAAAAAGGUAGCAAAGAACUCUUCACCUGCCAGGAAUUAUUUAUAUGCACUUAUACGGUCAGGUUCUAAACUCUGAGUGCACUACACACACACACUGAGGCUGUGUCUCAUUGUAUCACACACAACACACACACACUGAGGCUGUG